AUUCAGGCCGUAUAUUUUUUGCAUCAACCAAGGAGGGAACAUCAGAAAAUCCAGAUAGUUGGGGCUCUACUUCAUCCCGGUCAGAGAGUAGUGAAUCUGAGUUAUUUGCAAAAUCACACUUACUGGCCCAGCAGAAUUUUUCUCGCCACCAGUCUUUUAUCUCUAAACCCAUUCAUCCUUUGUCCUUUCCUGACCUUACUUAUACAAGGGAAGCCUUUGACCCUGCAGUUACAGGUUUCUCUGAGGCUGGUGCUUCCACUUCACUCGGAGAUUCUCAGCAAUGUAGUAGUGCCAGCAGCAGUCUUGAUUUUGCAGAUGCUACUGUGUCUUUUGAAUCUGAAACACCAGCUCGCCCUCAUAAUGAUGGAUUCAGAUGCAGUUUGUGUGAGAGGCUUCUGUCACAGAGAUCACCUUGGAGUUCCCGACGAAUUGUGAGAAGCAGAGACAUGCCUACAACUGGGGUUCUUCCUUGUCGCCAUGUCUUCCAUGCAGAAUGUUUGGAGCAGGCGACUCCAAAUUUGCGGAAAAAUGACCCCCCUUGCCCUCUCUGUAGCCGAGUGACAGAAAGUUCACCUGAUCAACGGGGUCCUCUGAAUUUGAAGAAUGGUUUUCCUAGGAUUAGGCCGUUUUAUGAGGACGGACACUCAAGACCUUGGGGCUGUGCGCAGGUGGGUGAUUGUGUUGAAGGGGCCUUGCAUGCACCACCACGCAACACGAUGUUCUUACUAAAUCGGAAUCGCAUAAAAAAGAAUCUUUCUUUGAAGGGUAAUUCAAGCAAGGAAUUUCCCGGCAAGGUGAAGAAAAGCGAAUCAUAUUCUUCACAUUUGUUCGGUGGAAGCUCAGCUGAUCAGGAAGCAGUUGGUUACUCAAAUGCAAAAGCAGGCCCAAGCAUGAGCAAGUGA